CAUCAGCGCGCGCAGUCAGACUCCGGCCGUGCUGAUGACGCAGAUGUCCAUGGGUUCUGUGUAACGAGUCAUGGCGGAGGCGCCACAAGUAGCUGCAGAGCUGCGGGAAAGGAAAACGCACAGUGCGGGGGAGGCUGCUGCAGGAAGAGAUCCUCCGACAACUACUCCCAACAUGAGCGCUGCGGAGUAUUCCCGGAAACUGCAGGAAUGGCUGUGGCAGUGUUACUGCGGCUCCCUGUGCUGGCAGAACAACUGCGCUACCGCAGCGGCUCUUGUCAUGAUGAAUGCAGGCAUCUCCGGGGAUCAGAGCAGGGUGGCCAGCGGUACCGCAGGGAGAGCUGCCCCCAGCACAGCGCCUGCCAAUACUAACUCUGCGACCACUGCCCCGCCAGCUGCAGGCCGUGAAUAUAUCAUUCCAUCCUUGGCACAAAGGUUUCGAGCGGAAAUGGUGGAUUUCUUCAUUCUGUUUUUCAUCAAAGCGGCUGUUAUAUUAACCAUAAUACACUUCAGUGGCAUCAAAGAUAUUUCUAAGUUUGCUAUGCACUACAUAAUUGAAGAAGUAGAUGAAGAUACAUCAAUGGAAGACUUACAGAAAAUGAUGGUUGUAGCCCUCAUAUAUAGGCUACUGGUCUGCUUCUAUGAAAUUAUUUGCAUUUGGGGAGCUGGAGGUGCAACUCCAGGAAAGUUCCUUCUUGGUCUUCGAGUUGUGACAUGCGACACCUCUGUGCUGGUUGCACCCAACCGAGUGUUAGUGAUCCCUUCCACAAAUGUAAAUUUGACGGCGUCGACGGUGCGAGCCGUGAUCAAGAACUUCUCCAUAGCGUUCUUCUUCCCUGCGUUCAUCACAUUGCUCUUCUUUCAGCAUAACCGAACAGCCUACGACAUUGUAGCAGGCACCAUCGUUGUAAGACGGAACAUGAGAUGAUGCAAACGUAUGAAAACGUGUGUUGAGUACACUAUGUGCGGUUGGAUCAUUUACUGCUCGAUUCCUCUGAGAGGCUAUUUAUUGUCAAGGGCUUUUCUAAAUCUUUGCUAACAGCAAGAGGUGUUAUUGAUUGGUCACACAAGGUAAUCUUCAUACAACUACUUGAAGAAUGAUCUUCUCAUUGUCACCAAUCUCUUCAGAUGAUCAGUAUUGUGAAGUGGGGAAAAAAUACUCUGAACUACGUGACCCAUCUAAUGCUUUCUCAUGAAGGACCUUCUCAUGGUUUUUACAGAGAGCACGUAGUAUGGAGUGAGAAAUCCUGCACACUCUAACUUUUGUAAAAAAAAUAAUAAUAAUAAUAAUAAUUAAAAACCUUUGAGAAAAAAUGCUCAUAUAUUUAAUAUGUAAUAUCCACAACACAAUGGAAAUAUUAAGUGUAAAUAAUAUAAUAAAUAAUAAAGAUUAUUUUUAGCACGUGUGUGUAACUAAUCCACAGGCAAAAGCAGCAUUUUCCAGGCUGGUUUCCUUAAAGGGCCUCUGUCAGAGUUGUCCCUAUGACACUGGCUGACCUGUUACAUGUGCGCUUGGCAGCUGAAGACAUCUGUAUUGGUCCCAUGUUCAUAUGUGCCAGCAUUGCUGAGAAAAAUUAUGUUUUACUAUAUGCAACCUAGCCUCUAGGAGCAACGGGGGCGUUGUCAUUACACCUGGAGUCUCUGUUCCCCCCUGCCACUGCCGCACCCCCUGCACUUUGAUCGACAGGGCCAGGCAAGCAUGAUGACAUUUAUGCUGCCUGGCUCUGUCAAUUGAAGUGCA